GGCGUGUUCCCAUUUGACAACUUAGAAAUCGAUGGCCCUUUGGUUCCGAAAGAACAUCGUUCUCUUCCCAUGGAUGAAAACCACCCCUCCCUUAAAUUUGCCAAUAGCUUCCAUGAAGACGAAAAGAAGCCCUUUGGGCCUAUCAAUCAUAAACCAGACUCAUCAGUCGUCCCUGAACACUUUGAAGAGGAGCCCAAGGAUCUAUACAACCUAUUUAAGUCCAAGCCCGUCCAAGAAGAGGUGAAGGAACAAUUCCUCCCAUUUGAACACAAACCUGAACCAGAGCCAUUUGUUCGUGAAGAGGUGAAGGAGGAGCGAUACAACCCUUUCGAACACAAGCCUGAUUUUGAACAUGGCUCCGAGCAUGAGCCUUAUCUGAAGGAAUCCUACGACCCAUAUAGCUACAAACCUGAGUCCAAUCACAUUUCUGAGUAUUCCGGUGCUCACAGAGACCCAUAUGAGUUCAAAGAUUUCCCAUCGUCCACCUUCUCUGAGGAAGAGUUCGUCAUGCCUAAUUUGCCACCCCCACCAGAAAUGGAGAAGGCCAUGCGUGAAAGCAAUUUCGAGAUGAGAGUACCCACUUUGGGCGCUCGAAUCACAUUCAACCCAUCGAUGCCGUUGUUCGAUUCGUUCCAUUCUGGAAUCCAUUCCAACGACAUUCACAGCCAUACCAAGAAGGCGAUUAACCCUAAGCAACGAAGUAUCGACUUCUUCAACAGAUUCGACCAUCAAACAAUUCAAUACCAAAAUGACGAGGAAGAAGAGUCCGAACCGGAGGUCAUUAUUUUAGAAGAACCCAAAUUCAGCGAUGAGGGCGAGCGUCAACCCCGAAAUCCUGAUUUGCCUGCCAAUUUCCGUGUUGUGGAGCCAACCGAAGACUUUGUCCAACCUGAGGAGGACAAUGCCCCUUCCUUGGAUGCCACCCGACAAUAUCUGUUCCCCGCCGAAGGAGCGAGUCCACCCAGAUUGGACGAAUCAUUCGACGAGGACAACUUUGGACCCAAUCCAUUCAAAAGAUAUGAAUCGAGCGAAGUCGAGCCAGAGCAAAGAAGGUACGAGGGAGAUUUCCAAAAGAGUCGUGAGGUUCUGCCGUCUCCUUUCGAUUUUGGCCAAGAAUCUCGAUACGACGAAUCCGAAUCCUUUCAACUGCCCAGCCCCGAGGACUUCUUCAAAGGAUUGGAUCGUCCUGGUCCAUUUGGCGAUGGAUUCAAUAGCUUCAAGACGCCCUCGCCCCCUCCUGUCUCAUCUUCCCCCGUUCGGUUCCCGCCAAAGAAGGAGUACUCGACCCCCAAGACGUCGUUCUUCGACAAAUUAAAAUCGCCCAAACGCAAAAAUACCAAAGCCCCCGUUUAUGUGCCCAAGCCCAAUACUCUUUAUCAGCAUGAACCCAAGGUGGCGAGCAAUCGUCGAAUUAGCUCCCCAAUGAACGUGGACGAACCCGGGUUCCAUCAGUUUAGUACCCAGUUCCAAAGAAGAUCCGGUAUGCCCAUUAUUCCGCCUGAAGAUCUCAUGGCCGUGGAAGAACGAGGUGAGCAAUUGAGGGUCCAACCUCGGAAUAUUCACGUCCGAUCCAUCGAUGAAGAUGCCAUUCCCAAGAUGGUGCUUCCAUCCCCGCGACUAAAUCAAGAGCCAAUCCAUAGUCGAGCCAGUCAUGGACGAGCCCUUUUUGGGGUGUCUUCCGAUUUGGAGUUCAACGAUGAUCCCGCCAUUCAAGAGCCCCAUCAAUUCAUCAAUGUUGAGAAUUACGACCAAUUCAAAGCCGGAUUCAACCGAGGCAAUCCAUACCACCAUGUUCAAGAUGUCCAGGAGCAUCUGGGACACAACCACAGAGAAGAGGUCAGCUGGGCCGAUUCUGACUCAGGAUACGGAAAGCAUUAUUAUGAAUUCAACCAUGGAGAUCAUAAAUAUAAAAUGCACCAUCAACAUGAGUGAAAGCGAUGAUGCCAUUGAACGUCUCUAGCCAUUAAAAUCAUACUGUAUAGGAACAUGUUUUAA